CUUGUCAAAAUAGAUUGAAUGGCCGAUCCUUUAUUAUGGAUAUUCAUCCACGGGUUGGGGUAGAGGCGGGGAGAGCGAAAUCAUAUAAAACUGGCAGAAAAAAAAAAUCUAGAUUUUUUAUUUUAUUUUUACUCCCGUAACUCUUUUAUUAACAUUACAAUGUUGUCUGCUCGCAACAUGUCACGAUUGAGCAAUCUUGCAAAACAAGGUUGCCAAUUCGGCCGUCGUCAUUACGGUCUUCCUGCCUCAGCUAUUGGACUUGGUACUGAUCCUAGAAAGGACAAGACAGUUCAAUUAACACCUUUGAGAGGUGUGAAUAUCAUUCACGAUCCACUCUUAUCCAAAGGUACUGCUUUUAGUAUUGCAGAAAGAGAGCGACUUUCGAUCCGUGGAUUAGUGCCUCCUCGUUGUCAAGAAAUGGACAAACAGUUGCUUCGUAUCAAACGUAAUUUAGACGCAUUAGAAACGCCAUUGUCCAAAUUUGUGUUUCUUUCAGCCCUUCAAGAUCGAAACGAAAUCUUGUUUUAUAAAUUGUUGAUCAAUUACUUGGAUGAAUUAUCCGGGAUUAUUUAUACCCCCACUGUGGGUGAAGCAUGUUUAAUGUCACAUUCCAUCUACCGUCGUUCUCGUGGUAUGUAUUUCUCCUCUCAAGAUAGAGGUGCCAUGUCUGCCAUGGUGCAUAACUGGCCUCACGAUGAAGUCGAUGUCAUUGUCGUUACCGAUGGUUCUCGUGUCCUUGGUUUGGGUGAUUUGGGUGCAAACGGUAUGCAAAUUCCCAUUGGCAAACUCAGUUUGUACGUAGCUGCCGGUGGUAUUCGUCCUCGUUCUGUGCUUCCCGUCGUUUUGGAUGUGGGCACAAACAACGAAUCCUUAUUAAAUGAUCCCCUCUAUCUUGGUAUGGGUCAUCCUAGAUUAGACGGUGAUGAAUACUAUACCUUUGUUGAUGAAUGGGUAACUGCUGUUCACAGUAGAUGGCCUAAUGCUCUUAUCCAAUUUGAAGAUUUCAAAUACCCUCAUGCAUACAACUUAUUAAACAAAUAUCGUGAUAAAAUCACCUGUUUCAAUGACGAUAUUCAAUCUACCUCUGCCAUCACCUUGGCCGGUAUCCUUGCUUCUCUCAAAGCUCGUGGCCGUUCUCAACAAGACCUCAACGAGGAACGUAUUAUCUGUGUCGGAGCAGGCUCCGCCGGUGUGGGUGUAUGUGAAGGCAUUGUCGAUGCUAUGGUUGCCCAAGGCAAGGUUAAAUCUCGCGAAGAAGCCUAUUCUCGUAUCUGGAUGCUGGAUCAACACGGUCUCCUUGGCAACCCCGCUUUAAGCACGGCCGACCCGCUUUUACCCACCGACACCCGUAACGAAGAAUUAGACGAGCGUCAAAGAUGUUAUGUGAAAUCUGACUUGUCAGAUCGUCUUUCUCUGGAAGAUCUCGUGGAGCAAGUCAAGCCUACCGUCAUCCUUGGCUUAACUGGCGUUCCCGGUGUCUUUACAGAAAAGGCCAUUCGUACCAUGGCUAAGUAUCAAGAAAAGCCCAUUGUCUUCCCCUUGAGUAACCCUGAUACCCGUGCUGAAUGUACCGCUGAAGAAGCCUUCAAGUGGACAGACGGUCGUGCCAUUUUCGCUUCCGGUAGUCCCUUCGCUGAUGUCACAAUGCCCGACGGCAAAGUGUGCAGAACCAACCAAUGUAACAACUCUUACAGUUUCCCUGGUCUUGGUCUCGGUAUCACCGUCUCCAGAGCAAGAACAGUAACUCCCAACAUGUUUUUGGAAACUGCCAACACCAUUGCCGAUUUGGCUUCACCUGAACAAUUAAAGGAGGGUAUUCUUUUCCCUGGUGUCACUCAUUUGCGUGAAGUCGCUUUGGCUGUCGGUACACGUGUCUGUGAGGUCGCCUAUGAGGAAAACGUUGCUACCGCUAUCUUACAAGAAGGUGAAAUCUUGAGUGAUGUUGUUCAAAGCUCCAUGUUUGUUCCUGAAUAUAUUCCUUUGGUCCAUUCCCCCAACGCUCAUUAAAAAAAAAAAUUGCAUCUAAAAUCUUUCACCUUCAAAAAAAAAGCAUAUUAUUAUUUUCAUUUAUUUACACAAUAGACACUCUUCUCAUAUAAUAUCAUUUACAAUAAACAACAUUUUUUAAUACUGUCAUGCAAAAAAAUAUAUACUCCAUGUUCCAAAAUAAAACUGUCUAGAUUCAUUUCACGGAUAUUUUCGUAUAAAGAUCAUCCGGGAUG